AUGGCUGCCAGUACCUCUGGUCCCCAUAUCUUUGACGAUGCGAACCGAUCCCCUACCAAACAGUCCAUGUUCCGGGCCAUAAUGUCAUCCAAAACCCAUAAACGAAAUCAAUCGGCCGACGAUGCCGUGGCCCCGCGGCCUCUGCAGAGAAGCAAGCCAAGCGAGAACAUCCCUUUCUCAUUCAGUGAGGAGCCUGGUUCUAUUGCCGGCUACCGCCCGCUCAGUGAGAUUGUUCCCAAUCGUGAUGCGGGCGACCACGGAGGAGCCACGCCGAAGAUGGGCAAGGAAGGCAAAGGUGCCCUACAUAAGAAGACUAAGAGCGCUGUCUCAUUGAAGUCUCUGAGAAAUUAUAUGGAGCGGAGGGAUGGUAAAUCGGAGGAGACGUCUGAGCAAGGUCAGGAUCUGUCGCCCAAAAAGGCCAAAUCCUCCAAUAGUCUCUCGGCCAUCCUCAAAAGGUCCCAACGGGGAAGAAAGGAUGGCUCAAAGCAGAGUCGCGAUAAGGAAAACCGCAGCCCGACUGAUCUGAUUGACAACAUGAAUAUGCCAUCCCCGGUUUGGUCACAGGACUCGGCCUCGGGUCACAAAGAGCCCACUGGUCGAUCGAGGCCGAACUCGACCGCCGACAUGAGUCGAACCGUGGCAGACGAAGUCUCCCUCUAUACACCCAAGGGCUAUGGGCCAAGCCAGCAACGCAACUUCUAUGACUACCACCAACCCUCCCUUGCCAAAUCAAAUGACCCCAAACCUCGCCCCAAGUCGGAGAUUCUGUCAGGAAACCGCAAAGUGAAGGAUCUUCUUGGGUUGCAGCGCGCACCUUCAGGAGAAAGCGACCCUACUGGGCGAUCUGAUAGUGCUUCUUCUAAGAGCAGAGGGCCACCAAGUCCACGAAGAACAUCCCCUCCUACUAUGGCGAAAGAAGAGCCCAAGCGGCUUUCUCGUGUACAGGCUGCUAUCUCGGUAUUCAAUGCAAAGGAGCGAGAUGCUGAAGUGCAUCAGCAUCUGAACUCCAAGGAUCUCGAAAGCGAGUUCGAGAAGCUGCUGGAUGCGAGGAAUAUUCCUCAUAACAUGAGAGACAAGAUGCGCUCACUUGAUACCAACAUCAAGGCCGAUUUUAUCCAGAAAGAUCGGACGGAGAACAUCACUCCUCUCAGCGCGGGGACCGGUGAUAGCCGUCGAGGACGUGGCAAAGAAUCCAAGGAAGACUCCCAGCCUCAUGAUCGCAAAAGUUCUCGGUCACGAUCCAGGAGUCGCGGAUUCACUUUCACUAAGGGUCCCUCGUCGCCUGGCAAAAAGUUGCGGCGGGAUAGUGAAGCAUCAAGCCGUCGUCCAAGGUCUGUGGACCUUUCUCAGCCGGUUGGUGUCUACACCACUCUCUCGGCCAAUGCUUCAACAGCAUCACUUGCUGAUGCGGCCGCUGUCGAUACCGCGGCGGAUCCGUCCGACUUUGUGCAUUACCUGAGAGAGAUCCAAAAACCCGAGAUGGUUGAGGUGGGAAAGAUGCACAAACUGCGUCUUCUCCUACGUAAUGAAACCGUGCAAUGGGUCAAUGACUUUAUCACUGAAGGGGGAAUGGAUGAGAUCGUACAGCUUCUCUACCGCAUUAUGAAGAUGACCUGGCGUGAGGACCAUGAGGAUACCCUUUUACACGAGGCAUUGCUCUGUCUGAAGGCUCUUUGCACUACAUCCGUCGCCCUGGCACACCUCGGUGCCAUCGAGGAUGAGCUUUUCCCUGCUCUGCUGCAUAUGCUCUUUGACGAGGAAAAGAAGGGUCCCAGUGAGUUCACCACUCGAGGGAUCAUUGCAAACCUGCUAUUCACGCAGCUAUCCACUGCUCCUGUUGGUGAACUGGCGACCAAGCGCGCCAAACAGAUCCUUUCUUAUCUGAAGGACCCUGCUCCACCAGUGGACAACCAGCCGCUGUCCUUCAUUGCCAAUAUUUACCAGUCACGACCCUAUAGAGUGUGGUGUAAGGAGAUCACCAAUGUAACCAAGGAGGUUUUCUGGAUUUUCCUUCAUCACCUAAAUGUGAUUCCCCUCCCCAAGUCAGAGGAUCUUUUCGGCGAAAAGACACCAGUAGACACUCGUCCCUAUAGCGAGCGUCACUUCCCACUCCCUCGUCCUCCUGUUCCAGCUGCCCCAUACGUUGGGGGUGUUGAAUGGGAUGCUACCAACUAUCUUGCGGCACACCUCGACCUUGUGAACGGCCUGAUUGCCGUCCUGCCCACCCCUGACGAGCGAAACCAACUUCGUGAUGAACUUCGUGCCUCUGGUUUUGAGAAAGUCAUGGGUGGUAGUCUGCGUACUUGCAAGGAGAAGUUCUAUUCUUCUGUGCAUGAUUGCCUGCGAACCUGGGUUGCAGCCGCAGUCGAUGAUGGCUGGCCUUAUACCUUUGUGCGUGAAGGCCCGCCCCGAGCAGGCGAACCUGGCUCGCCCACCAAAUCCCCUAAGAAGUCCGCACCGGGUAGUCCUAGAAAGGGCCUGGUCGAUGAACGGCCGCCCAGGCUAGAGCUUGCUCUGGACUUCUCGGACAACCGUUCAGCUGCCGGCCCGACUACCCCGUCGAGCGACCUGCGCAGCUGGCUCUAA